AUGGGUUUAACGCAGAGUGGUGCCGUCCCAGAAGGAGGAAUUCGUGGCUAUCAUGUUCAUGGGUAUUGUUUGAUUGUUGUCCAAUAUAUUCAAGAGGAAUCACCUGCAGAAAAGGCUGGUUUGGAGCCAUUUUUUGAUUUCAUCAUAUCCAUUGGUAAUUCUUGUCUUAACCAAGAGAAUGAUAUACUUAAGAACCUGCUGAAGGCUAAUGUGGAGAAGCCAGUGAAGAUGGAAGUGUUCAACAUAAAGAGCAUGAGAAUACGGGAGUUGCAGGUUGUCCCAAGCAACAUGUGGGGAGGUCAAGGAUUACUGGGAGCCAGUGUUAGUUUCUGCAGCUUUCAGGGAGCAAAUGAACAUGUCUGGCAUGUCCUUGUAGUGGAGGUAAAUUCACCAGCUGCAGUGGCUGGACUUGUUGUUGGAGCAGACCAGGUCUUGCAAAAUACAGAGGAUUUUUACUCUUCUAAAUAUACCUCAGAAGCCAAUGAAGGGAAGUCACUGAAGCUUUUAGUCUACAACACAGAAACAGAUGCAUGCAGAGAGGUGGUAGUUACACCCAAUGGAGCAUGGGGAGGAGAAGGAAGUCUUGGUUGUGGAAUAGGAUAUGGCUACUUGCAUCGAAUUCCAGCUUGCCCUGACAGCUCAAAGUUUAAGAACGUCUCCUUAAUAGCAAGCCCAGAUCAGUCACUGAAUUUGAACACCCCAUUACCACCACCUGUCCACAGAGUCAUGGAUCCAGGUUUCUCAGAUGAUUUAGAGGUAAUAAUGAACUUUGAGGUGUCUGACAUGCCUGAGGGGAAGAUGAAUCUUUCAGUUUCAUCCACUAACAUGGAAGACACUUCACUGGCCAUUCAAGAUUACAAAGACAAUGAAUUCAUGGAUUUGGCGGCCCUAAACACGGUCAUAGUUCUGUGUACUCAGCAACGUUACUGUGCCGUUUACUCUAAAGCCCACCUGCCCCUGACGUCACGUGAGGGGCGUUCCUGGGGAGACGUGUCUGCAUCACAGAAACUCCCUCAUAUGAUGUACCUGGCAGUAUGGGACAAUGAGUAA